AUGGGUAAUGUAAACUCGCUGUUUACCACAAACCCAUCGGAAAUUCUACCCGUCGAGGUGUACCUCAAUGAUUUAUCGUGUGAUGCUGUUGAAAAUCUUGGAAGCACCCGAUUUAUGAAAGUCGCUCGAGGAAGAACACACGAAGGUGUUUUUGUAUAUAAAGUAUUUGUUCGACAAGAUUUAGCAUCGCUGGAUCCGUUUCCUCAACGAAUUAUCGAAAUCAGAAAAGCAUUGAUGAAAAGUCCGAAUUGCUGCCCAAUAAAAAAAGUUCUUGUGAAACAAAAAUAUGCUGUUCUCGUGAGAGCCUUCCAAAAACAUACUCUGUUCGAUCGGAUGAGCACGAGACCAUUUGUAGUAGAAGCAGAAAAGAUGUGGUGA